GCUCCGAACCUCCACCAGUCUCUAGCAUCCUAAAAAGUACUUUCGACUGCACCACGUUUAAAUCACAUUUCUGAUGCCGAUACCAAGAAUCAAUCACUACUUCUAGGUUUCUUUCACGCAGACACGGUUCUAGGACUUCCAAGCUCCGACUCUAUUCAUCAGAUAAUCGAUUAGCCUACCUUCUGGCAUGGGUCCCAUGAACUACGGCGGCUGUUCUCAAAUUCAGCAAAAAUCUUGCGAGGCGACUCUUCUUUGUUUUAUGGACCCUGCUCCGGAAGUCUCUGUGCUUUGGCGAACAAAAGCGUUUUUUUUUAAAAAACUCCCAAAGCCACGUCGUCCUUGCUGAAAAUCUUCCUCUGGCAGUUUAGACGCUGAGAAAGGCGCUCAGUAAGGGGUAUAAAAGUCCUCGUUCUGCCAGAAUCCCGCGAAUUCGCCCUCUUUCUCGAACUGUCACUACCAUGGUGAAGCACCUCACAAUCCCGACUCGAGCUGGAGUUUUGGCUGCAGUCGUUGCCAUCGCCUUGAUCUACGCUCAACGUCCUCUUGUAGCGCACGAUGGAUAUGUUUUGUGUUCUCCCGUAAAUACCAAGUCCAUCUACACUGUCGACCCGAGGAACUCUGUUGUCGAGUGCGUGUUGGUGAGAGGGAAAAAGUUUGUAGCGAGUGGGAGUUUAGAUGAAGUCAAAGUAAAACGAACAUGGUAUCCAUGGACAGAGAAGGUAAAGUACAUUCCUAAAGGUUCUAUCGUCGUCCCUGGCCUCGGUGACUCCCAUGCACACAUACUGGAAUACGGCAAGACCGCACAGCUUGAAUUGGAAGGAACAAAAUCAGUUGAUGAAACUGUUAAACUCGUACGGCAGCACAUCCUCUCGAACCCGGACCUCCUAGGAGAUAAGUCCCGAGUCAUCUUUGGUGGCGGAUGGGAUCAUAUGUCUUGGUCGACUAGGCAAUUCCCGACUUCAAAAGACCUUGACUCAGACCCUGUUAUUCGUGGGAGGCGUGUCGUUUUGCAGAGCAAAGAUUGUCAUGCACUUUGGGUGUCUUUGGCCGCACUUGAUACCUGUGGCGAGAUACCUUCGGAUAUAGAGGGUGGUGUAGUGGUAACAGAUGUGAAUUCGAAUCCUACAGGCGUUCUUCUCGACAAUGCUCAGGAACUACUCAAACUGCCGCACCCAACGGAGGACGAGUUGAGAUCUCGGUUCCUUACGACGGUAAAAGACGCCUUGUCGUACGGUCUGACCUCGAUACACGAUGCCGGCUUGGAUCCCAUGUCGUUGGAUUUCUUUGAGAGAGAGGUAGCACGGGAGAAGUCGCUUCCGAUACGAAUAUACGCCAUGAAGCACUUCGACGAGCAAGAGCUGUACUGGGGGAACACAACCAUCCCCUACAGCGGGGCUGCUAAUGGCUGGCUGAGCGUUCGGAGUGUCAAGAUUUUUGCAGACGGUGCCUUAAGAACGGGAGGAGCAGCGCUUCAUCACCAUUAUCAUGACAACCCGAGUACAAAGGGGUUUAUGAGAUUGUCGGAGGACGUGUUGGUUAGUGUCAUCCCGCGAUUUCUCAAGGACGGAUGGCAAGUGAACGUUCAUGCGAUUGGAGACAGAGCCAAUGGGCUUGUUCUAGACGCGUUUGAAUCUGCUUUAAAAGAUGCAAAUGUUACAGCGUUGAGGCCUCGUUUAGAGCACGCGCAGAUAAUGACCAAAGAGGAUAUGGAGAGGCUUGGAGGGUUAGGAGUCAUUGCAAGUGUUCAGCCGACUCACGCGAUUAGCGACAUGUCGUAUGCUGAAGAUCGUUUGGUAACAUCUGCGUCCUCCCAAAGCUGUCUUGUGCUCGAGAUUAACCUCGAAUCGUCUUGAAUUGAUUGUAGGGUCCCUCCAGAGUUCAUCAGCUCUACGCAUUCAGAUCCAUCCUCAAUUCCGGGACCAGAAUCGCUCUCGGUACCGAUUUUCCAGUUGAAGAAAUGAACCCGUUCAAGACGUUUUACGCGGCUAUUACGAGAACUACGGUUAGCGGACAAUCGCCUCAUGGACGGGGAGGAUGGUUUCCGGAACAAUGUUUAACUCGAGAGGAAACUUUGAGAGGCAUGACAAUCGACCCAGCGUACGCUUCGUUCACGGAGUCGACCUUGGGGUCUAUCGAACCGGGAAAGUUGGCAGAUUUGGUGGUUCUUUCGCAGGACGUAAUGAGGGUGCCCGUGGAUAGGAUUAUGGAGACGAAGGUUGUUGCAACGGUCAUUGAUGGGAAGGUUGUUUAUGGGGAUUUAUGAGUUAUCUUCGUGUAGACGGAGAAUUCGGCGAUCUGCUUGUA